AUACGAUGUUUUCUUCGUAACACGUAUGAUUUUACGUUGACGAUAAUUCACGUUCAAACAAAUGAAUUGAAAAAUACUUUCAACCUGUUUUGGCCAAUUUAAAAUUAAUUAAUUUAUUUAUUUUUCCUUUAUAUUCGCAUAAAUCGUGAAAACAACGAUGAUGAAUCCAAAUUUAUCGAAAAAUCGUGGAAACAAUGAUGAUUUCUGGUCACAAUCACCACCAUCCAUGCAACCACCACCAUCAUAUGAUUUUGGACAAUUUAAUUAUUCUUCGGAUUUUGAUUCAACGACCAAUAUGCAGAAUCAAUAUUUUAAUCCAGCUGCCGAUCAAAUGAAUACUUUUACACCGAAUUAUGAUUAUGGCAUUGGUACGAGUGCCGAUCCUUUUGCCGAUGAACCACCGUUAUUGGAAGAAUUGGGUAUAAAUUUCGAACAUAUUGUCCAGAAAACGGUCGCUGUUUUAAAUCCAUUUCGGCAAACUGAUCCCUCCAUUCUAAUGGAUGCCGAUUUAGCUGGUCCAUUGGUUUUUGGUCUAGCAUUUGGAAGUUUCCUAUUGUUAAGUGGAAAAAUUCAUUUCAGUUAUAUUUAUGGAUUCGGUGUUCUUGGUUGCGUGUUGAUUUAUACAUUAUUAAUGUUAAUGUCGCCACCAAAUAUAACAAUGACAGCCGUAUGUACAGUUUCCAUACUUGGUUAUUGUCUUUUACCAAUGGUCUUUCUAUCUGCAUUAUCCAUUUUUGUUGGUUUACAAACAUUACUGGGAAAUAUAAUUACCAUUAUGGUGAUACUUUGGUGUUCAUUAUCAGCAUCAAAAUUAUUUGUCACCGCAUUGACAAUGUCCAAUCAACAGGCAUUAGUUGCCUAUCCAUGCAUUCUGUUCUAUGGUGUUUUUGCAUUGUUGACACUUUUUUAAAAUCAUCAAAAUCUAUAUGUUUGUGUAAAUAAUCGUAUGAAUUUGAAAAAAAAUUAUUAAAUCAUCACCAUCUUUGUUGUUGUUCAAA